CACUAGUAUAGCUCGCCAACACCGCCUCCUCCGAUCGGAACAACGGAACCAUACACUGGCCUGACAGGAAGUAGUCGCUAUUUACACUUCCGCUGUUGGACGUUUCAUCUGUUCAAAGUGCAGUUUUUCGGAGAAUUUCAGUGUGUUUUUGUAGUGCUGCAAUUAAACAGUUUUAGCAAGUUUUUCUUCCUUUCUCCGGAAAGGUGAAUGUGAAACGGAUUCGGAAUUUGCUAAAUUAAUUAGUGAAGACGGUGCAAUUUUUUACUUGCUUGUUUUCCCAUCGUUGAAGUUUUGCUGAUCCAAACAGGGUGGCGAAGUGAACUCUCGGGAAACACUUCAUCCGGAUAUUAGUGAAAAUUUGUGUUUGUGAAGAAGAACUCUCUGGAUUGUGCUAUUUAGCCGAUUAUUGUGGAAUCGGUGAAAAAUUGGUUCCAGCUGCUGGAGGAGCUUUUAUCGUCAUUGCUGUUGCUUGCUGUUACCGGUUCAAGGGGGAGAGAUAGAAGAGCAGAGCAGAACGCCACUCACCAGCUAUUGAGGGAAGACUUCCUCCCGAUUGCGAAAGAGUGCCGAACCACAGUCAUUGUGAUCGCCAGGACGGCCAGGUUGUGGCUUGGGUGUGGGCAACAUACGUGGGCAGUGGACGGCAGGAAUCGUCACCAUUGCUGCAGAAUCCUGAUUGUGUCGUCACCGUGAGCCAGUAGGCCAGCGCCACUACGAUGUGGGACUCCCAGCUGGUAUGGGCUCGGGACUCCCAGACGGGGUACAUCCAGGGACGAAUAUCGGAAAUCGGUGCCCACGAGUAUGAAGUGCAGCCAGUGGAUAGCAAACAACCGAAGCGAAAUUGCAUCCUGGAGGAUAUCUUCCCAUCGUGCGAAGCCAUCUCCGAUCACGAUGAUAACUGUGAAUUAAUGUUCCUUAAUGAGGCUACUCUGCUAGAUAACAUCAAAAACCGAUAUUAUAAGGACAAAAUAUAUACGUACGUAGCCAACAUCCUUAUCGCAGUCAAUCCGUACAAGGAAAUCCGGGAUCUGUACUCCAAGAACACCAUCAAGCGGUACAAUGGAAGAUCGCUCGGUGAGUUACCCCCGCACGUGUACGCCAUCGCCGACAAAGCGAUCCGUGACAUGCGUGUCCUCAAGGUGUCCCAGUCGAUCAUCGUUUCCGGUGAGUCGGGCGCGGGAAAGACCGAGAGUACCAAGUACUUGCUGAAGUAUCUUUGUGAUGCCGCUUCGACGGCGGGACCCAUCGAGCAGAAGAUCCUGGAUGCCAAUCCGAUCCUGGAAGCGUUCGGAAAUGCUAAAACCACGCGGAACAAUAACAGUUCCCGGUUCGGGAAGUUUAUUGAGGUGCACUACGACAGCAAGUGUCAGGUGGUGGGAGGAUACAUAUCUCACUAUUUGUUGGAAAAGAGCAGGAUCUGCACGCAGAGCCCGGAAGAGAGAAACUACCAUGUGUUUUAUUUGCUGUGUGCUGGAGCUCCACAGCAGCUGCGGGAUAAACUGAUGAUUGGAAAGCCAGAUGACUAUAGGUAUUUGUCCGGAUGUACACAAUAUUUCUCAACGAGCAAUACAGAUAGGAAGAUUCCGAAUUCACAAAAAUCGCGAGAUCACAUGACGAAAGGAUCUUUAAAGGAUCCGAUCUUGGAUGACUAUAAUGAUUUCCAGGACUUAGACCAAGCCCUAACACGAUUGGGACUGUCCGAGGCCCAGAAGUUUGAGAUCUACGGGUUAGUUGCAGCGGUGCUACACUUAGGAAACAUUAACUUCGAGGAUAAUCCGGAAGACGCCAAAGGAGGCUGCCGAGUUUCGCAGAACUCUGAAAAGGCAUUGGCUAUUACGGCAAACUUGAUUGGGCUGGAUUCGUUUGAACUGAGACAAGCGCUGGUUUCCAGGGUGAUGCAGAGUAAAGGUGGUGGCAUCAAGGGUACGGUUAUCAUGGUACCACUGAAGAUCUACGAAGCCAAUAACGCUAGAGAUGCUCUUGCGAAAGCACUUUACUCAAGGCUGUUCGAUCACAUUGUGUCGUUGAUCAAUCAGAACAUUCCCUUCCAAGCAUCGAGCUACUACAUUGGCGUGCUGGAUAUUGCUGGGUUUGAGUAUUUCACGGUAAAUUCGUUUGAACAGUUUUGCAUCAACUAUUGCAAUGAGAAGCUUCAGAAAUUCUUCAAUGAUAACAUUUUGGCUGCCGAACAAGAACUCUACAAGCGAGAAGGUCUGAACGUGCCCGAGAUUAAGUUCACUGACAACCAGGACAUUAUUGAAUUGAUCGAGUCCAAGGCGAACGGUAUUUUCAAUAUACUGGACGAGGAAUCGAAACUUCCGAAGCCUUCGUACGCGCAUUUUACAUCGGAAGUGCACAGCGCUUGGCAAGGACACUUUCGGUUAUCGUUACCACGUGCUUCGCGCCUGAAAGCUCAUAGGGUGCUGCGGGAUGAUGAAGGGUUCUUGGUGCGCCACUUCGCCGGAGCUGUUUGCUACAAUACGAAUCAAUUCAUCGAGAAGAACAACGAUGCUUUACAUGCCUCUCUCGAGGGUCUGGUGCAGGAAUCGGAGAAUUUCCUCCUUAAACGACUAUUCUGCAAUGGCAAAGCUCCCUCCACCAAGGGAAAGCUGGCUUUCAUUUCUGUUGGUUCGAAAUUCAAGACUCAACUGGGGGAACUGAUGGACAAACUGGAGAAGAACGGCACAAAUUUCAUCCGCUGUAUCAAGCCGAACAGCCGCAUGGUGGACCACGAGUUCGAGGGCGGUCUGGCGUUGGCGCAACUAAAGUGUUCCGGCACCACAUCCGUUCUGGAGCUGAUGGAGUACGGCUACCCGUCGCGGGUGCCGUUCAACGAGCUGUACAACAUGUACAAGUCGUACCUUCCGCCGGAGCUGGCGAAGCUCAACCCUCGUACCUUCUGCGAAGCGAUGCUGCACUCGCUCAAGCUGAACAACAAUGAUUUCAAAUUCGGCAUCACCAAGGUGUUCUUCCGGCCGGGCAAGUUCGUCGAGUUCGAUCGGAUCAUGAAGUCGGAUCCGGAGAACCUGCGGGCGAUCAUUGCCAACGUGAAAAAGUGGCUAGUCCGUUCCCGGUGGAUCAAAUCCGUUUUCUGUGCAAUCUGUGUGAUUAAAUUGAAGAAUCGCAUCAUUUACCGAAACAAAUGCGUGCUGGUGAUGCAAAAAACGGUUCGCGGCUAUCUGGCUCGCAAACAGCACCAGCCGCGCAUCAAGGGCAUCAUCAAAAUCAACGCAAUCAAUUCAAACCUUAGCAAAAUGCAUGAGAUUGCCAAUCAGCUAAAAUCCGAGCGGGACAACAUGCUCAAGCAGGUAACGGACGUUCAACGGACGAUCGAAGCAGCGGUGUCCAAAAUCAAAAGCGAUCCCAAGAUAUCCGCUGCGCAAAUCGACGCCCUGUAUGCGGACAUCAUGAACAAGUUGGACAGUCAGAUGAAGACGAUCCACCUGAAACUGCAGGAGCAGCGAAACGCCGAAGAGCAGGAGCGGCUGCGCAAGAUCCAAGCCGCUUUGGAGGCGGAACGGAAAGCCAAAGAGGAAGAGGAACGAAGGCUGCGGGAAGAGGAGGAGAACCGAAAGAAGAAAGCCGAAAUGGAAGCUAGACGUAAAGAAGAGGAAGCUCGUCGACUAAGACAGGAGGAGGAAGAUAGGAAAGCUGCGCUUGCACUGCAGGCACAAUUGGAGAAAGAAGCCCAAGAAGACAUCCAGUAUCGCCAACAGUUGGAACAGGAACGACGCGAUCACGAGUUGGCGCUCCGGCUAGCUCAAGAGUCUAACGGUCAAGUCGAGGACAGUCCACCACUGCUGAGAAACGGUACGCCAGAAGUUACGCCUUUGGGUAAUCCCAACAGAUUGAUCAGAUCUGAAGCGAUUCGCGCCCAGCAGCAGUUGAUCGAGAAGCAAAAGCACGAUCUGUCCAAGUGGAAGUACUCGGAGCUGCGCGAUGCGAUCAACACCAGCUGUGACAUUGAAUUGCUGGAAGCGUGCCGUCACGAGUUCCACCGCCGCCUGAAGGUGUACCACGCCUGGAAGGCAAAGAACCGCAAGCGUACCACCAUGGACGAGAACGAACGGGCUCCACGUAGCGUGAUGGAAGCUGCCGCACGAGCUCCACCAAGAAUGUCCCAGAAGCAGGAAAUCACCACCGGAUCGGUGCAUCGCUACUUCCGCAUUCCAUUUGUACGACCAAGCAACAACCAGGAGGACAAUAACAAACGGGGCUGGUGGUAUGCCCAUUUCGAUGGACAGUACGUGGCCCGCCAGAUGGAGCUGCACGCCGAUAAGCCACCAAUACUGCUGGUGGCCGGCGUAGACGAUAUGCAGAUGUGCGAGCUUAGCUUGGAGGAAACCGGACUAACUCGGAAGCGGGGUGCCGAAAUUCUGGAGCACGAGUUCAACCGCGAAUGGGAACGGAACGGUGGUAAGCCUUUCAAGAAAGCAGGUAAAUGAACCAAUCUAUUUUUGGAAGUUAUGUUAUGAGAGGAUUUGUAUUUUAAAUUAGUUAAUUACUGAGUCAGAGAGAGCUUUCUGAAAGAUCACGUUCUUGUUCGGAAAAGAUUCUUACAUAACCGAACGAUGAUGAGAAAAUUUAUGUACUUUCGAGUGUCUUGUGUUUUGGUGCCUUUUUGGAAAAUAUAAAGAAAUCUAGAAAAAUUAGAUUACAUUCCGGGUGUUUCAACAGUUCAGUACUAGUGUGAGUAUUUCCACUUUAUUUCUUGCAAUAUUUUUCGUCUUACGUUUUACACAUACAUAUUAUACCUUGAUAUCGCAAAUAGUCAGCUUUUAAUAAUUCGAGUUAAGUGCGAAUGACUGUUUUAAUUUAUGCUUGACCGCAAUUGAAAAUAAUAAAGCUAUAAUAUGCAAAUGGAGGAUAUUUUACUGAGCUAAGGCAGAGUACAGCAAUGACGGUAGGAAUCGCAUUCACUACAAUCUAUAUUUAUUUGCAAAUAAAGGGAACGAUAAAGUUGUAUUAACUUGGAAAAUUUCCUUCAAAGAUAAAUAUGCGAAAAUUGCCGUCUAUAAACAAAAAACUCCUAUUAUCCGUUCUAUACAUAUAAUACUUGUUGGUGUCUGAGACCAUUUAUCGCAAGAGUGUUUAACAAAGACUUUCAUAGGAGAUAAGUAACGAAAUAUCUAAUUUUAAAAAGAUGAAUAAAACUGACUUUGUUCCAAAAUCCAAACUAAAAUUCAAGGAAGGAGCACUGCAUACUAGCAAAACAAAACAUUCUCAAAGCUCCAAGAUUGUUUCAAGAUCCAAGUUGAUGCUACAAACUAAAAAACGUAGUCCUGAUGACGAAACGUGAACCCUGUUUUCCAAACUUUAAUAACAAUAAAAAAGUGCUAAUGUUUUUAUGACGAAAA